UUCAGUUGUCGUUCAACAGCCGCGAAAUUCACACGCUCAAAGCGGAAAAUACAAUUUUCCAAGCGGCGCGCGCAACUCGAAGGCAAAUUCAAAAGUAAAGACGUUAAAAAAUAUUUUGAAAAAUUCAAAAAUACAAAUUUCAAUCAUUUUUUAUGACUUCAAUGUACAAUGUACAAUGCAAUAGCUAAUCAACUUCAUAUAGUGUAUAUACGUUAGUGUGACGUUUUCCUUGUGAAAAGUGUGCAAAUGAAAAUAAGAAAAGACUUGAGCUGAUUUGUUAUCAAGCGGCUGCAGUUCGUGCCGCUUAAAAGCCAAUUUACGUGGCAGGCAUUUAAUCAAGCCUCGAGCUGGGAGUUGAGAACGCGGCGCAGCUUUGUUGUGUGCCUCUGUGUGUGUGCGUGUGUGUGUGCGCGUGUGUGUGUGCCGCUGAAGGCGAGGCAUGCCCCAAGCAGCAGCAUCCAGUGCUGCCGCCUUUUGUUAGAGGGCCGAGGCACAUUCUCAAAAUUCCCAGUGAAAACAUUGCCAUAAAUUAACAACUAAUUCAAUUAACUGCUGACAACGUCAACGAGCCGAGUCGAGCGGAGCCAAGCCUGCAGCCAGGACGUGCCCCCAGCUGCUCCUCAGCUUCCCUAACAACUUGCAACGCCGAAGGCCGCUUUUCACAUUCCGGGCAUACUUUUUGUUGCAUGCAACGGUUAAGCGAUGGCUGAGCAGAGCACCAGCAACAGCAACAGCAGCAACAACAACAACAACAACAUCAACAGCGGCAGCAGCAGCAGCUCCACUUACAACAGCGUUGCUGAAAGCGGACCAGAUUUUGAUGCACUGCGUGCGGCCUGCAACGCGCAUUUGAAUAGCAGCCAUCCACUAACAGGUCCACAUUGUGCGGGCACUUUCGAUGGCUGGCUUUGCUGGCCCGACACGCGCGCUGGCGAGUCCGCCUACGAGCUCUGUCCGGGCUUCAUCACCGGCUUUGAUCCGACACGAUAUGCGCACAAGGAGUGCGGCGAUGAUGGCGAAUGGUUCAAGCAUCCACUGACCAACCGAACCUGGUCGAACUAUACCACCUGCGUGAAUCUGGACGAUUUGGCGCGCAAUCACAAUGUGAACUUGAUCUAUGAGGUGGGCUACAGCAUCUCGCUGCUGGCCAUAUUGCUAUCGUUGGGCAUCCUGAGCUACUUCAAAUCUCUGAAAUGCGCUCGCAUCACGCUUCACAUGAAUCUGUUCAGCUCAUUUGCCGCUAACAGCUCGCUGUGGCUCAUUUGGUAUCUGGUUGUGGUGCCCAACUCGGAGCUGGUGCAGCUCAGUCCGGGCUAUUGUGUGGCUUUGCACAUAAUACUGCACUAUUUUCUGCUGACGAACUAUUCGUGGAUGCUGUGCGAGGGCUUUUACCUGCACACGGUGCUAGUCGCCGCUUUUAUAUCAGAGAAAAAGCUGGUCAAAUGGCUGAUAGCCUUCGGCUGGUGUUCGCCGGCCAUUGUCAUUUGCAUCUAUGGACUGGCACGCGGACUCAGUGGCAGCAGAGAGGAGAAUCUACACUGCUGGAUGACGGACACAGACUAUAACUACAUUCUGAUAGUUCCCGUUUGCAUUUCAAUCUUCCUCAAUUUACUGUUCCUUUGCAACAUUGUGCGCGUCGUCCUGCUCAAGCUGAAUGCCCCCGCCAGCCUGCAGGGCGGCUGUGGCCCCUCACGAACCGUACUUCAAGCAUUUCGAGCUACGUUGCUGCUGGUGCCGCUGCUUGGCCUCCAGUAUAUGUUAACGCCGUUUCGUCCUGGCCAAGAGCAUCCCUGGGAGUAUACAUACCAAGUCAUCUCGGCAUUUACGGCCUCGUUUCAAGGCUUGUGCGUGGCAACAUUAUUCUGCUUCUUCAACGGCGAGGUGAUUGCCCAAGUGAAGCGCAAGUGGCGAACGUUCUACUUCAGUAGUCGACCUCGGACCAAUUCCUACACAGCCACUCAGGUCUCGUUCGUGCGCUGCGGUCCGCCAAUGCCUGGCGAGGAGAAGGUAUGACUAAAGGAUCUAUCGUCAUCAGCUAAGCGACGCGCCUCCUCAGCACCCCAUCACCACCAGCAACAGCAACAACAGCAGCAGCAACAGCAACAUGAGCUGCAACAACAACGCUCGCGCAGCCAAAGUAUGGCCCUGACAGGAGCCGGUGGCAGCACGUCCGGUCUUAUCGAUGGUUGGCGUCAGAAACUGCAUUUCCUGCGACGCCCCAACGUAGAUAAUGCACACCAGCGACAGCCGCUUAUGGAGGAAGCCGCGGCCAAUACGCAGUUGCAGUUGGCAGCUGGCAAUAUGCAAGUGGAGGUAGCGCUCCAGCCGCAGCUGAUGACGACAAUAGCAGAAGAUGUUGCCGAAGCAGCGGCAGCAGCAGGUGCAAGAGAAACGGCAACAACGAAUACAGCUGAACAGCGCAAUGGCACAGGUGCAUCUACAGGUGUUGUCAUUGUCAGCGUAGAUGCUAGUGGGCAACAAAAUAUAGCCGAUGAGGCGCUCUAAACUAAACACAAACAAACCCAGUCACAAAAACAAUUCUGUUACAAAAAUUUCUCAUAGUCUAAGCCAAUUUUAAGUAGCUACCCGCCCAAAAAAUAAGUUAAACCAAACAAAAAUGGAAUGCACCCCACCUACAACAAUAACAAAAUCAACGGUCGCCCGAUCUUUACAACGAACAAUGUGGAAAUUUUAGCAACAAUAAAAAUAAUAUCAUUGUAAAGUUGCAUUUCCCACUAAAAAAAAUAAAAAUAAAUAAAGAAAAAGUUCGGCACCUCAAUUUCACAGCAAAUUGUCGGAAAAAUGUGUUGUUAAAUGCCUGAAUUAUAUAUAAACAGUGUUGAAAAACUGAUGUGCUAAACUAACCCCAACCUAACCCUAAAAAUUACACACAUUAAAUAAAAUGCAGUGCAAGUAUCAAUGUGUAUCAGAAAUAUCUAUGCUAUUGAUAUAGCCCACCCUAAUAUCGAUUAAAAUCAAAAGUUUUUCAACACUGCAAAAAAAAUCUGGCUAUUCCUAGACCUAAGAUAAUUUCAAUAAAAUUUGCUGUGAAAUUGAAAUUCAAAAUACAAAAUUUCCUGUUGGAACGACUAAAGUAUCCUGCACAGUGUUGUAAAAAACUAAAUGCAACUAGCAUUUAGUUAAAGGCAUAUUACAUCCAUACAUACAUAUGAAUAUGAAUAUAUUUAAAUCGCAACUAUUAUAUGAUUAUUAAGAAUUUACGUGGAUAUCAAAUAUCAUUGUUGUCUUAAGUGUUAUGUGUCCCAACUAUUCAUGCAUAUGUGGCUAUAUCGAUAUAAAUACCUAUAUAUACAUAUAUAUUUAUAUUUAUGUGGUAAGCUGAGCUUUCUAACAUUUUUAACCUAAGCGCUUUUCACUAUUCUAGAUGAAUGCUACGAGAUCUGUGUAUAUGAAAUAUAUAUAAAAAUAUAUAUAUCUAAAUAUAUUAAAUGGAAUAUAAAGCAAA